GACAGACAAACAAGACAUUUCGACAAAAGGAAAUGUACCUGUGGGUGGUUUGAAUUUUGAAUAGUAAUAUUUUAUUCAAUUGUGUAGAAGUUAUUAUAUUUCAUAAUGACUGUGAGUGAAGCCAGCAAAAACUUACCAUGGGUCGAAAAAUAUCGUCCUUCAAAGUUAGAAGAGUUAAUUUCCCACGACGAUAUAAUUAAAACAAUAAACCAGUUUAUGAAGGAAAACCAACUACCUCACCUGUUAUUUUAUGGCCCUCCUGGAACUGGUAAAACAUCAACAAUAUUGGCUUGUGCGAAGCAAAUGUACACACCACAACAGUUCAAUUCUAUGGUCCUAGAAUUAAAUGCAUCUGAUGAUAGAGGUAUAGGCAUUGUCCGGGGUCAGAUUCUCAGCUUUGCAUCAACAAGAACCAUAUUCAAAGCUGGCCCCAAGCUCAUUAUAUUAGAUGAAGCCGAUGCUAUGACUAAUGAUGCACAAAAUGCCCUUAGGAGAAUAAUAGAAAAGUACACAGAAAACGUGCGGUUCUGCAUAAUAUGCAACUACCUGGGGAAGAUAAUACCGGCGCUGCAGUCCAGAUGUACUCGCUUCCGUUUUGCUCCGCUGCAGCAGAGCCAGAUCGUCCCGCGGCUCAAGGAAGUUGCUGAUGCCGAAGGCGUAAAAAUAUCAGAAGAUGGUGUGAAAGCCCUCCUGGCUCUAUCUGGAGGUGACAUGCGUAAAGUCCUGAACACACUGCAGAGCACGUGGCUAGCGUACCGUGACGUCACGGAGGACAAUGUGUACACGUGUGUGGGACACCCGCUGCGUUCAGAUAUCAAUAACAUACUCAACUGGCUCCUCAAUGAGAAUGACUUCGCUGUCUGCUUUAAAAACAUCCAAGAUUUGAAACUUCUCAAAGGAUUAGCGCUUGGUGAUAUUUUGACUGAAAUUCAUACGAUCAUACAAAGAGUGAAACUGCCCCCUGAGGUAUUGAUAACACUUCUCAUCAAGAUGUCUGAUGCUGAAGCGCGGCUGGCGUCGGGCUGCAGCGAACGCAUCGAGCUCGCCGCGCUCAUCGCUGCCUUCCAAGUGGCGAGGGAUCAAGUCAAAAUUGACACCACAGACACUUAGUUUAAUAAGGAGUUGAGAACAUAAGUGUGUGAUUGAGGAAUAACCACCGUACUCAGAGACGUUUAAUGGUUACUUAAGUCACUCCUUAGUGACGGAUUAUCAAAGAAAUCCUUCACUAAGGAACGGCUUAAGUAACCGUUAAAUAUCUCUGAGUACGGGGGUAAAUCUCUUGUUCAAUAAGUGUUAUAAAUUGAGUAUGCUGGUCAAAUCAUUGUGAAUGAAAAAUAAAAUAAAAAAGUGUAAUCAAUAAAUUAGUUUUUAUUUAACCUAAACAUCUAAUCUUAUCACUACUUUAUAUUUACAACUUAUAUCUAAAUUAAAUAUAAUAUGAUCUUUUUGUAAGAGAUCGUUGCUUUUUGGGGUUGAGCACUAUUUGAUUAUGUAUGAAUUUAUUUCCUGAUUUGCUAAGGAUUGAGUAUACUUUUUUCUUAACAUAUUUUAAUAAAUGCAGAACUUAUUCUUAAUUCCAACUUGAAGGUGGGGCAGAUCGCGCCGUACUUUAA